AUGUGUAAAAGCAGAACCGUCAACCAGGCACCGCCCCUUGAUGAAAACCUUCAGUCUCUUGUCAAUGAUGCAUUCCAUGGCAAAGGAUUUCACAUAAUAGAAGAAUAUCUGCAGCAGAAAGAGAGUCACGUGCCUCAAAAAUACAACCAUCUCCUCCUACACCAUCUUGACAGAUUGAUAAAUGAGGAACUGGAUAAAAAUGAGUUCUGGAAUUGUUCCCUGCUGCUGAAAUGUAUCCAGAGAUUCUUCAAAGAUGACCCAGACCAAGAGGAGCCCUUGCUAAUUCAGCAGGGACUGAUCCCAAAGAUGGUUUCCUGGUUUGAAACAGUCACAGGAUUUCUGAUGACAAACGUCAUGGCCUCAGAUGCACUGCUGACUACUGCCCUGGGAGACUUCCUGGACACCGCACUGGUCAUUUCCAGGCACAGUAGGAAAGGGAAAAUCCAGAUGUUGGAUUCCUUCAUAUGUAAUUUAGGAUUCCUGGUAGCAGAAGGCACCGUGAAGCCCUCCAUUCAGCAGGAGGCUCUGAGUACUUUGAAUUGCAUCUUGGACACCGUGCCCCGGGAAGAGAGAAGGAAGCUCUCCUCAGCAGAAGGCACGCGCAGUCUUAUGAAAGAAUUGGCAAGGACAAUCUUGACUGUGGGAGAUUACAGCCAGCAGGUUGCUCUAGCUGAGGCAUUGUGUAGAAUGACCACUGGCACACUGAGGAAUGAACUUGCUCUUCAGUGGUUUGACGAUGCCGUCCUGGCUGAAGCUUUCCAAGAAAUUAAGAACCGGGAAUUUGAGACGGACUGUCGGCAGUUUCUCAAUUUCCUGAAUAACAGACUCGGUGACAGGAGAAGGGUCUACUCAUUCCCGUGUUUAGCUGCUUUUGCUGAUGCGCAGGAGAUGAGAAAGCCAGCAGACGAAAAAUUAGAGGAAUUUUGGAUUGAUUUCAACCUAGGAAGCCAAAGCGUGACUUUUUACAUAGAUAAUAGAGAGAGUGCUCUGUGGGAGCCCGUACAACUUGUGAAGGAGGCAGUGGCCAAGUUCAGCAUAAUGGAAAAUGAUAGGAUGAAGAUGUUUGUUGUUUACCUGAAAGAGUCGAUUAUUAUCAGCAAGAAAGAAGCCAAGACAAUAGAAAUCCACUUUGAUAGGCAACUUGGCAUAUCAGAAGCUUCCGUUCGAGCUUUGGGAGAAGACAAACAGGUGACUUCCUUUCAGACUCCUGUUUUGAUAAAAGUCCCCCCUGGCCUUGAAAAAGAAGAGGGUGAGACUCUUAGCCAUGAAAGAAAAACAGAGCAUACAGAAGAAUCUACAAUCUUGCUAGAGUCCUUGGAUGCUGAAGAUGACCGUUGCCUAAUAACCCGCAGCUUUAAUGUUCAGUCACAGCCUGCUGUGAGUAAAGGGAGCUGGGAAAAGCAGCAAACACAUACAGAAGACCGUUCACCUGAAAAACCCAAACCACCUAACCUCAAACAAGUUACCUCAAAACAUGAGUAUCCUUCAGAUGUGCAAGAACCAUCAAUUCAAACUCGGCCUUCUAAAGUAAAUGAUACAAAGGAUGAUUCUGCCUUUGAGAGGGAUGGAGAACAAGACAGAAGGAUGCCGUUUAAUUAUAGGAAACAUCACUUCUCUGAGAGUAAUGAAGAUUCAAGUUCAAGCACCAGUGAACGAUCUUGGACCCAGGAUUACAAACGGAAAUCUCUACGAACAUAUUCCCACGGGAGGAAGCCGAGAGUCAGGUCUCUAAGGAUCCUACCGCUUUCCCCCGUCAGUGGUGGCAGAGCUGGGGAGAAAGAUCAGGCUGAGCUAACACCAGUUUGGAAAGGCAUCUCCAGGCAAAAUGAUACCAUUCUUCCAAACUUUUCGGAAACCAAACUACAAAGCAGUUCUGUGCUUUUAACUCCUGAGGCAUCUACACAGAAAAUAGAUUCUGCUGCCACCAUCAUCAACCACACACUGCUGCCGGACCUAGUGAGUGCCAGAGGGAGAGCCCUGCAUGCAGUUCAUGCCGUCACCUGUCUCCAUGUGUCACCUCGACCCACACCACUGACUGUUAGUGACAUCGCGAACCGGGAAUCAUUCAUGGAAAACAGUAACUUCAAACACAAGCUAGAAAAUUCAGAACACAGAGAGACACCAGAUGGAAGUAUUGCUGCCCCAAAGCAAUCAAGAUUAGAAGAUGCUCCAGGAUCCCCCAUUGUGACAGGUAUUUCUACUUCAUCUCAAGAAGAUGUGCCAGAAAAUGCAACGAGUUCUGCUUUAAAAACAGCCCUUGAACACUUCACUAGAGAUCUGAAAAGGAAAUUUGAGCUCAAACAGGAGGAGAUUCCACUUUCUUCGGAGAAGGCAAAGGAAGUGCCAGGCUGCCUAGUCAGACUUUGGAACCAGAUAUACACGUGCAGGCUGAACAAGCUGGAGAGCUUUCACAGUUCUGUUCUUCAGGAGCUGAGCAACUUGGAGAAGGAUCUUCAGGCUCUCAAAUACCUCGAAGAGGAUGCCGCGGAGUUUUGGGAGAAACAGUCAGCUGACUUGCAAUCGUUCUGUGAUCAGCAAGCACUGAGGUUUAGCUCAACUCAGUCUUCAUAA